AGACCUGCGGAGCGGUGGAGCCCGAGAGAAGGAGCUCUCCGCCGGGACGGAGGAACCAUAAGGAGCCGGGGAGGGAGGGCAGAUUUCUUGCUGCCCAAUCCCCCAGUUCCCCAGGGAGCAGCAGCCUUCCACCACCCGUCCCUCCCUCUUAUUUACUAAUCACUUCAUUUUACUCCCUUUUUGAAGCGCUGCCUCGUUUUUUUAUUCCACUUUUCAUUUCCACUCAAUUGGUAGCUGCUCGCUUCUCUCCGAUUCCGGCUUCGUGCGCACAGGCUCCCCGGACCCUCUUCACGGCUCCUCUGAGAUGCUCUCCCCGCUGCGUGCUCUUCUCUCCACCCUUCUUUAGCUCCGACCCGCGCCUGGGAUCUAAACCAAGCCCGGCGAAGCCCAGAGGAAUCCGCGGCUCUUCUCUGGAUCAGGACCCGGCACUUUGGACAGCUCACUGCAGUGGUUCACCCCUCCUCUUCCUCCGCCUCCCCUCCUCCUCCUCACUUCUAUUUUCUCCACCUUAAUCCAGGUGGUCCUUUGGCUUCUUUGAGCGGCUGGUACAGGGAGGAUUAUUCUUCAUCUUCUGUCUUGUUUCUGGUGAAGGCAAAGCUCCCAGAAGGACAUUCUGAUGUUCUCCAUCCAGGACAGCCUCCCCCGGGGGGCCCUGACCAUGAAGGAGGAGCCGCUCCCCACCGGCAUGACCCCGGUCCGCUCCUGGAUGCAGGGCGCAGGGAUUUUGGACGCUAACACAGCGGCCCAGAGUGGCGUGGGACUGGCCCGAGCUCACUUUGAGAAGCAGCCUCCAUCCAACUUGAGGAAGUCCAACUUCUUCCACUUUGUACUGGCGCUGUACGAUCGACAGGGUCAGCCGGUUGAAAUUGAGCGGACUUCCUACGUGGACUUUGUGGAGAAAGACAAGGAAUAUAACGGAGAGAAGACCAACAAUGGAAUCCACUACCGCCUCCAGCUCCUGUACAGCAACGGUAUCCGGACAGAGCAGGAUCUCUAUGUUCGGCUCAUCGACUCCAUGACCAAACAGCCCAUUCUGUACGAAGGUCAGGACAAGAACCCGGAGAUGUGUCGUGUCCUCCUCACCCACGAGAUCAUGUGCAGUCGGUGCUGCGACAAGAAGAGUUGUGGGAACCGCAACGAGACGCCGUCGGACCCGGUCAUCAUCGACAGAUUCUUCCUGAAAUUCUUUCUGAAGUGCAACCAGAACUGUUUGAAAAAUGCUGGAAACCCUCGGGACAUGAGGCGGUUCCAGGUGGUGGUGUCCACUACAGUCAAUGUGGACGGUCACGUGUUGGCUGUCUCAGACAACAUGUUUGUCCACAACAACUCCAAGCAUGGCCGCCGCGCCCGACGCCUUGACCCGUCUGAAGCCACGCCCUGCAUCAAAGCCAUCAGUCCAAGCGAGGGCUGGACGACCGGUGGCGCCACGGUCAUCCUCAUCGGAGACAACUUCUUUGACGGUCUACAGGUGGUCUUCGGCACCAUGCUGGUCUGGAGCGAGCUGAUCACCCCUCACGCCAUCCGGGUCCAGACUCCCCCUCGGCACAUCCCUGGGGUCGUGGAGGUCACGCUGUCCUACAAGUCCAAACAGUUCUGCAAAGGAGCACCGGGACGCUUUGUCUACACCGCGCUCAAUGAGCCCACAAUCGACUAUGGCUUCCAGAGGCUACAAAAGGUCAUCCCUCGACACCCUGGCGACCCUGAGAGGUUACCGAAGGAGGUUCUGCUGAAGCGAGCGGCUGACCUGGUGGAAGCUCUGUAUGGGAUGCCACAUAACAACCAGGAGAUCAUCCUAAAGCGAGCCGCUGACCUCACCGAGGCGCUCUACAGUGUCCCCCGCAGCCACAACCAGCUGCCGUCGCUCACCGGAUCCGCCGCUCACUCCGGGAUGAUGGGUGUCAACUCUUUCAGCAGUCAGCUGGCCGUCAACAUCAGCGAGGCGUCCCAGGCUGACCAGGGUUAUUCCCGUAACUCAAACAGCGUGUCUCCUCGAGGAUACGUGCCAAGCUCCACGCCUCAGCAGUCCAACUAUAAUACUAUCACGUCCACUAUGAACGGGUACGGAGCAGCAGGGAUGACUAACCUGGGCGUUCCCGGCUCUCCCAGCUUUCUCAACGGAUCCACCGCCAACUCUGCUUAUGCAAGAAGCAAACAGUCUGGUCCUAACCAUCCCCACCUGGAAUACAGCUCAGUGAGGCGAGGUGUGCAGCAGGUGAACAGGAAGCUGCUGCAGGAGACGAGCUCCAAGUCGCUCCUGUUGGAGGAGCUGAUUACCAUCCCUGCAGCCAGAGCUCGGAAGGCGCAGUCAAACAGAAGAGCGCCUUCGCCCCCGUCGUGCGAACACAGACCUCCCCGCCCCCCACCUGCACCACCACCAAUGGCAGCAACCUCCAGGCCAUGGCCGGUCUCAUCGUGCCCCCCAUGUGAGGACGCCUCAGAACGGACCAGGCCCCCUCUCUGCAACCCAGAACCACCGCUACUUCUUUGUUUCUUCCAGCACCAGCAGACCAUGUCACACUCCCCCGCUGGCGGAUCAAAGCGGCAUUCUGUGGAUAUUCGGAGCGGGACGCUUUGUGGACCGGACUGUCUUCAGCUGGUUCUGUUGUUCUGAGACACUAAACUGAAACUGAAUGGGAAGCAGAUGUGUCCAAGGGGAGCUUUGGUUUGGAGAAACCUGCAGAAAAUCACAGCUGAGUUGAAGGACAACCGUUUAAAUUAAACCCAAAUUCUGAUUAAAACACCCAGAAGUAAAGCAUGAAACAUUUUCAGCCUUCAGAGAUUAACAACAUGUAGCUCUCGUAUGUUGUUCUUAUUUUCUGGGUUUUAUCUUCUCCAACUUAUGGAUGGAGAACUGAAGCUGGAGCAAGAGCUGAAAAUGAGCCAGCAGCUGUUUUAAAAUAGUUCAGAAACUAGCUUCCUGCUCCACUUUCUGAGAUUGAAGUCGAGGAUCUGAAAUCCAGAGCUUGCUCUGUCAGAUUGUGAAUAUUCUCCCAAAAUUAACAUAGAGCCAUUGCUUCUUUUAUUUCCAUCAGCUUCCUGCAGUUGCUAUAAAGUGGCUGGAAAUAAAAGCCGACGCUUUGAACCUAAAAGACUAAAUAUUCUGGUUCUGGCAGUUGGAAAUGUUCCAUCCAAUGCAAACGCGUCUGUGGGAGCAGCUUUAAUCCUGUCAGUUCUCACCGGAACUCCCAGUGGACCCAGUUGGACCAAGUCCAGUUGAUUUUAUUCUAGUUUUGAAAUUGGACCGGGGGGGAUCCAACAGUUUCCAGAUCUGCUCUAACGUUCCCCUCCUGUCCGAGCGUUUUCCUUUCUGUACCAUAGCUUCCAGCCAAGUCCUGUAAAGAAGGAAGCUGCAGAUUUAAACUUCCUGCUCCUUCCUCACUUUUCUUCCUCUGAUCCUGUUUGAUAGCUUCUUUCUGCUGAUGUGUCCAGUUUUAGGUUUGUUUCUCCUGGUUGUGUUUAUUUUCCAUGUAUUUAUGACGUCAGUUUUGGGGCGUUCCUUCAAUGAUGUAGGCCUGAACGAUAGUCUGGAUUAUAUCUGUAAACAAAUGGAUGUCUUCAUACCUUUUAGAUCUUGUAAAAACAGUAACCAAGAACAAAAAAAAUCUUGUUUUUGUAAAAAAAAAAAAAACAACACAUGAUGAUCGAUCUGUGGAAGCUGCAAGUAAAAGUAACGCUUUCAUCACUUUUGUAUAAAAAUGCUUUUUCCGAUAUUUAACUUUUUGUAUACAACUUUGUGUUUUCCUGCUUUUUCUCGUUCUGUGUGGAUUAUUGUGAAAUCUUUAUUCAUGGUUAUUUCUAAAUGCACUGUUCUGGUUGGAGCACUAACGAAGAAGAGUAAAGAUGACAGCUAGAAUAAUAUAAACCCAAGUGUUUUCAUCCAGAAACAAUCCGUGUCAGGGGAACCUUCACUAACCUCCUAAUAUUCCAUAAUCCUCCAUCAGGGAUAAAAUAGUUGUCUAUGGUUUGGUUAUAUUCACGGACAGUAGAUUUAAAAAUGUGUUGAUGUGACAGAAAGCUUCCUUCAUGUUGGCAUCAGUGGUUCUGUCAUCACUCUACACGACCUGGAUUAUUGUCCUGAAGAACCACGUUACCUACUGUGAGGUCAUCUUCUACACUAUUGUCAAACAAGUUCAGGAAAUCCUUGAAUUCUGCAGCAAUUCGAGGAAAUUUCAGUUUCAAAUUAGAUUUCAUCAGGUUCUUUGACCCAGAAAACAGGAAAAGGAACAAUUUAGUGAAAGAAGAACUUUAAAGAGAUCUGAUAUUUCUCUUUAUUGAAGUUAUUAAACAAAUCUGGUUAAAAUUUUAUUUUACGUUGUUUGGGAUUUAUGUUUUCAUUUCUGCAGAAGAGAAUAUUUUAGUUUUCAGGUAGGAAUUUCUCAGGUUCUUUUACAACCAUAAGAAAUUAUGCUAAACGUUAAUAUGAGAAGUUUUCCAAUUAGAAACAGAAACAAAAAGUGAAGAAGUUUCUUAGUAAAAUAAAAGGAUUAUUUUAGCACAGCUUGUUUUGACGAUCAAGAUGAGAGCCACGAUGUUCUUCCAGACCAACAGGCGUUCCAUGUUUGCUUUUCAGUACUCUGGGUUUACAGAAUUUAUUUUUUCAUUUUGAAGUUAAAAUUAAAAAUGUUUCCAAACAGCUCCAGGUUUUUCAGAGGUUUUUACCCAAACAACUGAGUUUGAGUCCGUAUCAUGUCUGGAAACUGAAUUCCACCCACAGGGAGGUGAAUUUGUUAGGAUUAGAGAUAAAAUCCAAUGAAUGAACUCCAGCAUGGAGAACACUGGGAACCACCAGCUCCUGUUACUUCCUUCCUUUCCCACUUCAUUCUUUUCCAGUUAUUCCUCAGUUAGAACCUGGACUUUUGUGGAAACCUCAGUAAAACCGGACUGUAAAGUGCUGCAGGGACAGAGUGACCUGGAGUUCUGGAACGUCUGCUCUGGUGUCUCUCCAUCCAGGUCUUCAGUUCAGAAAUUAAGCAGAAACGGAAACCUUUUGGAUGUUUUACUUCAAUGUGAAAGAGGGCAUAAGGUAUAUCAUCUUUGUGAAAUAUGAAAUAUAUCAAAGUAUAUGAAAGCACAAUGUUUAAUUAUUGUCUUUAGAAUGGACCCCCUGGGAUGGGGAACUUCCCAGCCCAGGGGACUUGGUUUUUCUGUCUCCGGCCAAGCUGUAAAUAGAUGCAUGUCUUCUGUUCUUCAGUUGUUUUCUUGUGAUCUGUGCUUUUUGUACAGAAACAGUCUAAUAAAGAUUACGUUUGGCUUGAA